CACGUGGUGCCCACUCGGCAUUCGCCUCCUAUAAACAAACGCUGAGCCGAUACUUCGAUUGCGUUCCUAUUCUAUCAGCUAUCCAUCCAUCCCAGCACAGCACAUCGAUCGAUCCAGUAGAAAGUUCAAGGCAGAGAGCAACAGAGGAGAAAGCUUAGAGUCGGCGGCCAUGGCGGGGCUGAUGGACAAGGCGAAGGGGUUCGUUGCCGACAAGAUCGCGCACAUGCCCAAGCCGGAGGCGUCGCUCGACAAGGUGUCGUUCAAGAACAUGACCCGCGACUCCAUCACCGUGCACAGCAACGUCAACGUCACCAACCCCUACUCCCACCGGAUCCCCAUCUGCGACAUCACCUUCUCCCUCAAGUGCGGCGGCAAGGAGGUUGCUUCCGGCACGAUCCCGGACCCAGGAUGGAUCGAGGACAGUGGCGAGGUCACCAAGCUGGAGGUGCCGGCCAAGGUGCCGUACAACGUCCUCAUCACGCUCAUGAAGGACCUGGGCAGGGACUGGGACAUCGACUACGAGCUGCACGUGGGCCUCACCAUCGACCUCCCCGUCAUCGGCAACUUCACCAUCCCGCUCGACACCGCCGGCGAGUUCAAGCUCCCCACCAUCGGCGACUUCUUCGGCGGAUCCAAGACCGAGGAAGCUGCUACCACUUAGGAAAUGGUCUGCUCCAUCUAGCUUGCUCUGCAUCUGCAUGGCCCAUGUAUGAGCAUGAUCACAGUAAUAAUAAUAUAAUAAGAUAAUAUGCAUGGUUCAGACGUCCUGGUGGUGGUUAUGGGGUUAUAUGUGUGAGGUGUUGGUGGAUGUGGCUUCCAGGGGAAGCCGGUUAUAAGGCAUGGUCUUCUCUGUUUGGGCAAGAAGAAACUAUGAACUAGUUGGAAAUAGGAUGGUCU